AUGGCCGCCAGUUAUUUAUUAAGGAGCAAGUGGAGAUCCAUAUCGCAAACAUUUUUUGACGAUGUUAAUGCUGGCGCACCCAUCGGAAUCGACCUUUCUUCCACCUGUUUGUGCGUGCACUGGAGAAAUCCACUGGCAAGGGAGAAAGAGGAUAUCAGCUCGGCCUUCCACCCUUCAGCCAAUUGCUUGCUUAUAACGAGGCAAUCUCUUCAAGUUCCACCGCCCUCUUGUCAAGGCAAUGGUGGACGUCACAAAUUGUCAACAAUACAUCCAUGGAUGUGUUCGGUCGGUAGCCCCAAACUCUCCGAUUCCGAUUCAUCUGCGGUCUGCGGUCUGCAGUCUGCAUUCUGCAUUCUGCAGUCUGCCGUCGCUCUCCUCAGAUUCCUCCCCGAUCUAUAUUCUUAUCACCGUUACUUGACCGUUGCCUGCUUACCAUAUCCCCGACUGAUGUGCCACGAAUCGUUGAGGAACACAGGAAAUAUGGAUUCAGAGCGUCGCAAUGGGUUCAAGCGGAACUCUGCUCGCCAGGAGAGUCAUAGUCGUCCGGUGGAACGAAGACCCAGUAAAAAAUCCUCUUCCAAGGAUCGUCAUGGGAUUGUGUAUCCUGACAAUUUUCAAGACUCCACAAUCCGCACGGUAACCCCCGAUCCUCCGCAAGACCAAGCAAGCAAUUCCCCCGCCUCCGAUACUGAGUACCUUCCGCCGAGCACAGCCGUAUCGCCCCGCACAACUAUUCGUAGCAAACCUUCGGAAGCGAGGCGUGAGUUUACCCCGUUCUAUUCUACCGGCGAGGAGGAUGAAACCCCAGCCGAGCAGAGGAGUCGAAGGUUGAGGUCGAAGACAACCACCCUGGAAGAUCAGAGAAGUGAGGUGUCCCCCAAUUUCCUCUCAAGAACACGGACUAGAUUAGGCUCCCUCAAUACCACUUCCCCUUCAAGUACCAAAUCCCCAGAGGAUUCGGUAGGGUCCAUUGGCUAUCCUUCUAUUAUACAGUCUCCCACUCAACGGCAGCAGAAAUUAAUUAAGCCGCCCCCAGGAGGACAAGCAUUAAUGUCUAGUGCUUCUCGCAUUGAUGUUGCGCUAGGGUCGCCGUUUCUAAAUACAGAUUCCUCGAAGAUCCUCCAAUUGAUGAAAACAACUUGCGGUCGAAUGCACGGCAUACUGUAUUUCCGCACUUCUGUCACUGCUUCUUGGACUUCUGGAUACUGUGCUAUCAAUGUGGCGACAGGGAGCUUGAUUUACCAGGCUAAGGGCGAGCCAGCGUUUGCGAAGACAUUGAUACCGGAUCUCCGCGGUUGUCAUGUUCGGACGCUGUACGACACAGAAACCCAGAGUUCUUAUCUUUCUGUCUCGACGCAUUCUUCUACUCUAGGUAUUCAGCUACGGCCCCAUGUCAACGAAACGUUCGAUUCUUGGCUAGCAGCGCUGCUCUGCUGGCAGCCCAUACGUCCAAAAGGCGUACGGGAUAAGAUGACCAAACCGCAAACUGUGACUAUUGGCGAACGCCGUUUCAUAGACCGUCGAAGGAACUCCGAAAGUACUGUGCAGAAGGAUGCUGCGAUUAUUAAGGUUGGAAAAAUGCUUCUCUGGGAUAAGCCUAGCGCGGCUGGAGUGCAUCUACCCACGUCUGCAACGAGGGUAUCAACAUUCAAGCAGCAGAGAGCACUAUCUCCUUCAUGGCGAAGGGUGAGCUGCUCUUUACAAGAAAACGGCCAUGUCAAGAUUUUCCCAGAAUCGGACAUUACCCCCAUACAUUUUAUUCAGCUUUCUCAGCUUUCCCGCUGCGCUAUUCAACAGUUAGACCCUUCCGUUCUUGAAGACGAGUUCUGCAUUGCUAUCUACCACAAUACACCGCCCAUUCAGGUGCAGAAGUUACCACACGACCGAUAUACCUGUCUUUCGAGACUCGAGUUCUCUUUGAAGUUUGUGCGAGUGAUCGAGGCAAAGAUGACUGCACCACUUAAAGACGACAGUGAUACCCCGAAAAAUAAAAAGAUCAUGAAAACCCAAGCAGCAAUAGGAAAACCUCAGAAGCAAAAUCCGGCGGCUGGGGAGUAUUAUGCUGAGGUCUUGCUUGAUGGGGAGAUACGAGCGAAAACCGCCAUAAAAGCUACUACCUCGACGCCGUUUUGGCGAGAAGACUUUAGCUUCCACGAUCUGCCACCCGUCCUAUCCAGCGCGUCAGUUAUUGUGAAAUCGCUCACCCCUACGCAAAAGGAGUGGACGCUUGUAACCCAUGGUCCCUAUUCGCUCAACCAAGGGGAAGUCAAUCCAAUGACGGUUGGGGAUGUUGAGGUUGCUUCGCAUGACGCUACGUACGGUAAAAUCGACUUGCGCUUGGAUGAGCUAGAUGCAGCGGGGGUGGAAAAGUGGUGGCCCAUACUUGAUGAAAAUGAGCAACAGGCCGGAGAAAUGCUGAUGAAGGUCCAACUUGAGGAAACUGUCGUUUUGGUGUCUCAAGACUAUGCGGCGAUGUCAGAGCUACUGCAUUCAUUCCCUAAUGGGCUUACGAUACAGCUUGCGCAGGUUAUCCCUGCUGAACUACGACCGCUAUCAGAAACCCUGUUAGACAUAUUCCAGGUCUCAGGCCAAGCUGGGGAGUGGAUAAUGGCGUUGGUGGAGGAUGAAAUUGAUGGCAUUCACAAAGAGUCCUCGGCCAGUCGUCUAAGAUACACCAGUCGAAUUCACUCAAACGACUCCUAUGAAUCUGGACAGGAAAGGGAAGUCCUAGUACGUGACCUAGGUAGAUCAGCCACGGUCGAAGCAAACCUGCUUUUCAGAGGCAAUUCACUGUUAACGAAAGCGUUGGAUUUACAUAUGCGCCGCCUAGGACAGGAAUAUCUUGAGGAAACAAUCGGCUCCAAGCUUAGAGAUAUCGACGAAAGCGAUCCGGAUUGUGAAAUCGAUCCCAACCGAGUACAGCGACCUGAAGAUCUAGAACGGAACUGGAGGAAUCUUAUCAUCCUUACUAGCAGUGUGUGGACGUCCAUUGCCGCUUCCUCGGCGCGAUGUCCUGCCGAGCUGAGACAUAUCUUCCGACAUAUCAGAGCGUGCGCAGAAGACCGUUAUGGCGAUUUCCUCCGAUCAGUCACCUAUAGUAGCGUUUCCGGUUUUCUUUUCCUACGCUUCUUUUGCCCAGCGAUUUUAAACCCUAAAUUAUUUGGACUGCUCAAAGAACAUCCCCGCCCGCGUGCUCAACGCACACUCACUCUCAUCGCCAAAGCGCUGCAAGGAUUAGCAAACCUGACGACCUUUGGCAACAAAGAACCUUGGAUGGAGCCAAUGAACAAAUUUCUUAUAUCUCACCGAGUCGAGUUCAAAGAAUUUGUAGAUUCGAUCUGCUCCAUACCAGCCGAGCGCCCGACGCAGAUUGUCAACCCUUCCUAUGCGACACCUAUCCAGAUCCUAGGCCGUCUUCCGCCUACCUCACGCGAGGGUUUCCCUAGUUUGCCAUUUCUCAUCGAUCAUGCCAGAAGCUUUGCAUUGCUAGUGAGAUUAUGGCUUGAUUUAGUGCCAACUAAUUUCAGCGAGCUUCCAGACGUCGAUGCGAACCUCAUCAAAUUCCAUGAACUGUGCGUCGCGCUUCACCAACGAACCAAGGAUUGUUUGAACAGAGCAGAGCAGGCGGAACGACCAAGCGGCAAUCUGGAAUUGAGAUGGGAGGAGUUGGUUGAGCAGAUGGAAAAAUCCUCAACGUUCUACGAGGAGAGCUCUAGUAAGGCAAACACGCCCAGCAUGGAAACAAUAGUCGGCAGUGCGGGUUCAACUUUUGCUGGUAGCAAUCGGAACUCGAUGGGCUACUUUCCACGGCCUUCCUUCCCACACAGAUCGACAGAUGUCAGCGCAGGCGAUGAAGCUGACGAUGAUACCCCUUCGAGUUCCGCAUCAGCUACUUGGGAACAUGGACGACUCCCUUUCUCGUCCUCUUUGCAGAAAUAUGAACCACGAGAGAGUGCGGACAGUUCGAAAAACUCCUCAACUUAUUCUCUCGAGUAUACCGAUACGGCCAAGGGAAGGCAAGCUAGUGUGUCAAGGGAUGCCGCGAGCAAAUACCGGCUUUUCGAAACUUUCUCCCGAAGGAAUAAGGGUAAGGACAAGGAGCCUGUAUGCGUAGGACCAGGAACGCGGUCGAAAGAAACAGGAGGGGAUGUUGGACCACGAAAUGAAUUUUGA